AGCCGCUUGGCCGACUAAACACUCGUCGUCCCACAUUCCUCUCGAGCCGAGUCUGCAAGGGCGGUGUCCGAGACCCAAAAUGUCGCAGACCAACUCCGUGACGACGGAGGAGGUCGACGAGACGUCGACGGUCGACGUCUUGGCCGACGAAAUCUCCGAAAACCGCGUUCACGACGACGUCGCCGAGCUGGACGAGGAGGAGGCCCUUCCGGAAGGGGAGCAGCGGCCGCGACAGGACGAUGGAGAACAGUUGGACGACGCCAUGGAUCCGGUGUCGGCUCCAAAAGACGUCAAGAUCCUGGAAACUGCCGAGGACAUCCAGGAUCGGCGAGAGCAAGUUCUCGGCCGCUAUGGUCAAUUCAAGGCUGGCGCCAGAGUCAAGCGCGAGAAGUUGGAGGACUCGCGGCGCUACCAGUACUUCAAACGAGACGCCGACGAGCUCGAAGGAUGGAUCUACGAGAAGCUGCAGGCCGCCAGCGACGAGAGCUACAAAGACUCUUCCAACUUGCAGGCCAAGAUUCAGAAGCACCAGGCCUUUGAGGCUGAGGUGGCAGCCCACUCGAACGCCAUUGUCGUUCUUGACAACACCGGCCUUGAAAUGAUCAACCAGGGCCACUUUGCCUCCGACAUGAUUCGCAGACGCCUUGACGAGCUGCACCGACUUUGGGAGAAACUGCUUUCUCGGUUGGCCGACAAGGGCCUCAAACUGCAGCAGUCACUCGUUCUUGUCCAGUUCUUGCGCCAGUGCGACGAGGUCAUGUUCUGGAUCAGCGACAAGGAGACAUUUGUGACCACUGAUGAGUUUGGUCAUGACCUUGAACACGUUGAGGUCCUGCAGCGCAAAUUUGAUGAGUUCCAAAAGGACAUGGCCUCUCAGGAGUAUCGCGUCACUGAAGUCAACGAGCAGGCUGACCGACUGGUGACCGAAGCCCACCCUGACAGGGAGACAAUCCAGAAGCGCAAGGAAGAGCUGAAUGAAGCUUGGCAGCGCCUCAGGCAGCUGGCUUUGUUGCGCCAGGAGAAAUUGUUUGGCGCCCAUGAGAUUCAGCGCUUUAACCGAGACGCCGAUGAGACGGUGGCUUGGAUUUCUGAGAAGGACGUCGUCCUCUCCUCUGAUGAGUAUGGCCGCGAUUUGGCCAGCGUGCAGACUCUGCAGCGCAAGCACGAGGGCGUUGAACGCGAUUUGGCAGCACUGGAGGACAAGGUGACCACCUUGAGCACCGAAGCUAGUCGCCUGUGCGACAUCCACUCUGACCACUCUGAGCAGAUUCAGUCAAAGAAGGCUGAAAUCGUCACCUAUUGGACCAGUUUGACUGCCAAAGCUAAGGAACGCAGAACAAAACUAGAGGAAUCUUACUAUCUGCAUAGAUUCCUUGCCGAUUUCAGGGACUUGUCAUCCUGGAUCAAUGACAUGAAAGCCAUCAUCUCUGCUGAUGAACUUGCUAAGGACGUCCCAGGCGCAGAAGCUCUUCUUGAGAGACACCAGGAGCACAAAGGUGAAAUUGAUGCCCGUGAGGACAGUUUUCGUUCCACUGCUGAAGCAGGUCAGAUGAUUCUCCAGCAGGAGCACUACGCUGCGGAGGAGGUGCAAGAGAAGUUGGUUGGUCUGGCUAACGAUAAGACUUCUCUUCUCUCACUCUGGGAGGAACGUCGCAUUCUGUAUGAGCAGUGCAUGGAUUUGCAACUUUUCUACCGCGACACUGAGCAGGCCGAUACUUGGAUGGCCAAGCAAGAGGCCUUCCUGGCCAAUGAGGACCUUGGUGACUCCCUUGACUCAGUGGAGGCUCUGAUCAAGAAGCAUGAGGACUUUGAAAAGUCCCUGGCUGCCCAGGAGGAGAAAAUCAAAGCCCUGGACGAGUUUGCCACCAAACUGAUCGAAGGUCAGCAUUAUGCAGCUGAUGAUGUGGCUCAGCGCAGGGCCCUGCUUUUGGAAAGGCGUUCUGCCCUCUUGGAAAAGUCCAGCUCUCGUAGAGCUCUCCUCGAUGACUCUUUCCGUCUCCAACAGUUCGAGCGGGACUGCGACGAGACCAAGGGAUGGAUCAAUGAAAAAUUGAAGUUUGCCACCGAUGACAACUAUCUGGACCCUACUAAUUUGAAUGGAAAGGUCCAGAAACACCAAAACUUUGAGCAAGAGUUGAAUGCUAACAAGUCCCGUAUGGAGGAAAUCACCUCAACCGGGCAGGAAUUGAUUGAGUCUCAGCACUAUGCAUCUGAGCGCAUUCAGUCUCGCACUGAUGAGAUUGUCAAUCUGUGGGAGAGUCUGGUGGCCGCCACUGAUAAGAAGGGUUCUAAACUCCAGGAAGCUUCUCAGCAGCAGCAGUUCAACCGAACAGUUGAGGAUGUUGAAAUGUGGCUCUCUGAAAUUGAGGGUCAGUUGAUGAGCGAGGAUUAUGGCAAGGACCUGACCAGCGUGCAGAACUUGCAGAAGAAGCAUGCCCUGUUGGAGGCUGACGUUGCUUCCCACCAGGAGAGAAUCGAAGGGAUCAACUCAGCAGCUGAGACUUUUGUUGAAAGGGGCCACUUCGAUGCAGAUAACAUCCGCAACAAGCAGUCUGCCCUCUCUGACAGAUAUAGUGGACUCCAGCGUCCGAUGAGCAUUCGCAAGCAGCGUCUGCUUGACUCACUCAGAGUGCAGCAACUUUUCCGCGAUGUUGAAGAUGAGGAGGCGUGGAUUCGUGAAAAGGAGCCCGUUGCAGCUUCGACCAACCGUGGCCGAGACCUCAUUGGCGUACAGAACCUAAUCAAGAAGCACCAGGCCGUUCUGGCUGAGAUCAACAACCAUGACAACCGCAUUUCAGCUGUGUGCCAGGCUGGUCAGUCCAUGGUUGAAGAAGGCCACUUUGCUUCUGAUGAUAUCAGGCAUCGCGUCGGGCAGCUCAAUGACCACUGGACUCAGCUGAAGGAUAAAUCACAGCAGCGCAAGCAGGACCUCGAAGACUCUCUUCAGGCCCACCAAUACUUUGCUGAUGCCAACGAGGCUGAAAGCUGGAUCAAGGAAAAGGAGCCAUUGGUUGUCAACAUGGACUACGGAAAAGACGAAGACUCAUCCGAAGCCCUUCUGAAGAAACAUGAAGCUUUGAUGUCUGAUUUGGAGGCAUUUGGCAACACCAUUUCCUCCCUAAAGGAACAGGCUCAAGCCUGCAGGCAGCAAGAGACCCCUGUGGUGGAUGUGACGGGCAAGGAAUGUGUCAUCGCCCUCUACGACUAUACUGAAAAGUCUCCCCGUGAGGUUUCCAUGAAGAAAGGUGACGUCCUUGCUCUGUUGAACUCAAACAACAAGGACUGGUGGAAGGUGGAGGUCAAUGACCGCCAGGGCUUUGUGCCAGCCGCCUAUGUAAAGAAGAUGGACGCUGGACUCACAGCGUCUCAGCAGAAUUUGGCCGACAGCAGCUCGAUUGCUGCAAGACAGCACCAGAUUGAGACCCAGUACUCGAAUCUGCUUUCACUUGCCAAGGAGAGGCAAAACAAAUUGAACGAAACUGUCAAGGCCUAUGUUCUCGUUCGUGAGGCGGCCGAGCUUGGCUCCUGGAUCAAGGACAAGGAAAAGCACGCUCAGGAAAAUUACGCACAAGUCCAGGAUGUUGGCGAAGACCUUGAGCAGGUUGAGGUGCUGCAGAAGAAGUUCGAUGACUUCCAGGCCGAUUUGAAGGCCAAUGAAGUGCGCCUAGCCGAGAUGAAUGAAAUCGCCGUGCAGCUGAUGAGUCUCGGUCAAACCGAGGCAGCUCUGAAGAUCCAGACGCAGAUCCAGGACUUGAACGAAAAGUGGACGUCCCUGCAGCAACUGACCACUGAGCGCGCUGAACAGCUUGGCUCUGCUCACGAGGUGCAGCGUUUCCACCGCGACGUGGAUGAGACCAAGGAUUGGAUUGUGGAGAAGGAUGAGGCCCUGAACAACGAUGACCUGGGCAAGGACCUCCGCUCCGUGCAGGCCCUGCAGCGGAAACACGAGGGUCUGGAGAGAGACUUGGCAGCUUUAGGCGACAAGAUCCGCCAAUUGGAUGAGACAGCCACACGUUUGAUGCACACCCAUGCAGACACUGCCGACCAGACUUACGCCAAGCAGCUCGAGAUCAACGAAACCUGGCAGCAGCUCACUUCCAAGGCCAACAGCCGCAAGGAGAAACUGCUCGACUCGUACGACCUGCAGCGAUUCCUGUCAGAUUACCGUGACCUCAUGAGUUGGAUCAACUCUAUGAUGGGUCUUGUGGCCAAUGAUGAGCUCGGUCGCGACGUCACCAGUGCCGAAGCGCUGCUUGAGAGACACCAGAAUUACCGGUCAGAAAUUGACGCUCGAUAUGGUGUUCCAUAUUACCAGGAGCACCGCACUGAGAUCGAUGCCCGAGCUGGAACUUUCCAAGCAUUUGAACUUUUUGGCGGACAACUGCUCCAGGCUGGCCACUAUGCUUCUGUUGAAAUUCAGGAGAAACUUGAGUCCAUGGCCGAAGCCCGUCAAGAACUUGAGAAGGCAUGGAUUGCGCGCCGCAUGCAGCUGGACCAAUGUUUGGAACUGCAGCUGUACUAUCGUGACUGCGAGCAGGCUGAGAACUGGAUGUCCUCUCGGGAGGCCUUCCUUGCUUCAGAAGAGGUUGACUCAAAGGGAGACAACGUUGAGGCCCUAAUCAAGAAGCAUGAGGACUUCGACAAGGCCAUCAAUGCCCAGGAGGAGAAAAUAGCUGCCCUGCAAACUUUAGCCGAGCAGCUGAUUGCAGCUGAGCAUUACGCGUCCCCGGCCAUUGAGGCCAAGAGGAAGGAGGUCCUCGGAAGGUGGCGCCACCUGAAGGAGGCCCUGAUUGAAAAGAGGUCUCGUCUUGGAGAGUCACAGACUCUUCAACAAUUCAGCCGCGACGCUGACGAAAUUGAAAACUGGAUUGCCGAGAAACUCCAAUUGGCCACUGAGGAGAGUUACAGAGAUCCAGCAAACAUCCAGUCCAAGCACCAGAAGCACCAGGCCUUUGAGGCUGAGCUGGCCGCCAAUGCUGAGCGCAUACAGGCCGUGCUCUCUAUGGGCAACAAUUUGAUCGACAGCCACCAGUGCGCUGGGUCGGAGGAACCGGUCAAGGCGAGACUCAAUUCCAUCGCUGACCAGUGGGAAACUUUGACCUACAAGACCAACGAGAAGUCUCUGAAACUGAAGGAGGCCAACAAGCAGCGCACGUACGUGGCUGCCGUCAAGGAUUUGGACUUCUGGCUUGGCGAGGUUGAAUCUCUGCUGACCACUGAAGAUGCUGGUAAAGACCUUGCCUCAGUUCAGAAUCUGACCAAGAAGCACCAGCUAGUUGAGGCUGACAUUCAGGCCCAUGAAGACCGCAUUUCUGAUAUGAACAGCCAGGCAGACUCUCUGAUUGACAGUGGUCAGUUUGAUGCAGCCAGCAUCCAGGAGAAGAGACAGAGCAUCAAUGAGCGUUAUGAGCGCAUCAAGAACUUGGCCGCCCACCGCCAGGCUCGUCUCAAUGAGGCCAACACUCUGCAUCAGUUCUUCAGAGACAUUGCUGAUGAGGAAUCAUGGAUCAAGGAAAAGAAGCUGCUCGUUGGUUCAGAUGACUAUGGCCGUGACUUGACCGGUGUGCAGAACUUGAAAAAGAAGCACAAGCGUCUGGAAGCUGAGCUGGGUAGCCACGAACCAGCCAUCCAAGCUGUGCAGGAGGCUGGUGAGAAGUUGAUGGACGUGUCCAACCUGGGAGUGCCAGAGAUCGAACGUCGUCUGAUGCUGCUGAACCAGGCGUGGGCCGAGCUGAAGCAGAUGGCAGCCAACCGUGGCCAGAAGCUGGACGAGAGUCUUACUUACCAACAGUUCUUGGCCAAGGUUGAGGAGGAGGAGGCGUGGAUUAGCGAGAAGCAGCAGCUGCUGGGUGUUGAGGACUAUGGCGACACCAUGGCCGCUGUCCAGGGUCUGCUGAAGAAGCAUGAUGCUUUUGAGACCGAUUUUUCCGCCCACCGCGGACGUUGCAAUGACAUCGGGGAGGCUGGUGAGAAACUCAUCAACGCUGGAAACCAUCACUCCGCCUCUAUUCAGCAGCGUUGCGAGACACUACAGAGUAAACUUGAGAACCUGGCCAGCCUUGCUGCCCGUCGCAAGGCCAAGCUGAUGGACAACUCAGCUUACCUGCAGUUCAUGUGGAAGGCUGAUGUGGUUGAGUCUUGGAUCGCAGACAAGGAGACCCAUGUGCGCUCGGAGGAGUUCGGCCGUGACCUUUCUACGGUCCAGACCCUCCUAACGAAGCAGGAGACAUUUGAUGCUGGUCUCCACGCCUUUGAGCACGAGGGAAUCCAGAACAUCACUGCGCUGAAGGACCAGCUGGUGAGCACCAACCACGACCAGUCGGCUGCCAUCCAGAAGCGCCAUGGGGAUGUGAUCGCCCGUUGGCAGCAGCUGCUGAGCGACUCUGACGCUCGCAAGCAGCGACUUUUGCGCAUGCAGGAGCAGUUCCGUCAGAUCGAGGAGCUCUACCUGACGUUUGCCAAGAAGGCCUCUGCCUUCAACUCCUGGUUCGAGAACGCCGAGGAGGACUUGACAGACCCUGUUCGUUGCAACUCUAUCGAAGAGAUCAGGGCCCUGCGAGAGGCGCACGCCCAAUUCCAGGCCUCACUUUCAACGGCCCAGACCGACUUCGAGUCGCUCGCCGCCCUGGACCAGCAGAUCAAGAGUUUCAACGUUGGCCCCAAUCCGUACACCUGGUUCACCAUGGAGGCCCUGGAAGACACCUGGCGCAACCUGCAGAAGAUCAUUAAGGAGCGCGACUUGGAAUUGGCCAAGGAGGCGCAGCGCCAGGAGGAGAACGACAAACUGCGCAAGGAGUUUGCCAAGCAUGCCAACGCCUUCCACGCUUGGCUCACCGAGACUCGGUUGCGACUUCUCGGCUGGGACGGCACCUCUAUGAUGGAGGGGUCUGGAAACUUGGAAACGCAGCUUGAAGCAACAAAGAAAAAGGCAGCUGAGGUUCGAGCUAGGAGAGUUGACCUCAAGAAGAUUGAAGACCUGGGUGCUAUUCUUGAAGAACACCUCAUUUUGGACAACCGAUACACCGAGCAUAGCACUGUGGGCUUGGCUCAGCAGUGGGAUCAGCUGGACCAACUUGGCAUGCGAAUGCAGCACAAUCUGGAGCAGCAGAUCCAGGCGCGCAACCAGUCGGGCGUCAGCGAGGACGCGCUUAAGGAGUUCUCGAUGAUGUUCAAGCACUUCGACAAGGAGAAGAGCGGCCGACUGAACCACCACGAGUUCAAAUCGUGCCUGCGCGCCCUGGGUUACGACCUCCCGAUGGUCGAGGAAGGCCAGCCAGACCCAGAGUUUGAAUCCAUCCUCGAUAUCGUCGAUCCAAACCGGGAUGGUUUCGUCUCCUUGCAGGAAUACAUGGCCUUCAUGAUCAGCAAGGAGACGGAGAACGUACAGAGCUCGGAGGAAAUAGAGAACGCGUUCCGCGCCAUCACCGCAGGAGACCGUCCUUAUGUCACCAAGGAGGAGUUAUAUGCGAACCUUACAAAGGAAAUGGCGGACUACUGUGUGUCGCGGAUGAAACCUUUCGAGGACUCAAAAACAAACCGGCCCAUUCCCGGAGCACUGGACUACAUUGAGUUCACCCGCACCCUUUUCCAGAAUUAAGAAAGAAAUCAACGUGCCGGCGGUUUGAGGCGACUAUUUGAACUGAUGUUUGCUUUUGAAACACAUUGACGUCGACUCUUAAUCCUAUAAAUUCAACAGACGUUCAAAGUCGCCGAGAGCCGCUGCGUCGCCUUCUAUAUUCAAAUACACACACUCUAUCUGUUAGAUGUAGUUGCAAAUCGACAAAAGAAAAAUGCCCAGUAGUUGUAUUCUAUCGAACGCACUCUGCUUUUAUUCUUGAGUACUGGUUCUCUGUGGAGGUAGCUGAAGAAACACUUAUGAUUAUGAAAAUAAAAAAUAUUUAUGCAUUUACAAUUAUGCUGCUCCUUUACAAGUUGCCUUGGGAUUUUUUGUUCUUAGCCCAAUAAAAGAUAAACUUCAAGAAUUGACACAAAAGCUGCUGUUUCAAAAUUGCUGCUCCCAAUUUUUCAUAAGCUUUUAUUAUUAUUUACGCAUGACUGAACAA